AUGUCCUUGACGUCGGACAAUGAUAUUAUUUGGCCAUGGCAAUACAAGUUCCCGCCGUUCUUCACUCUUCAACCAAAUGCUGAAACCCGUCGCAAACAAAUAAAUGCGUGGUGUCAGUUAGUCCUUAAUUAUUUUCAAAAUAAAAAGCAAUUCUCACUGAGUGUUGCAAGUAUUCGUGAUCCCUCCUGUCCUCUUUUUAAUAACAAAAGUAUUCAGCGCUCAGCAAGCCCAGAAUUGAUCGACCUCAUUUUGACUGAAUUGCAUAAGCGUGGUAAUCUUGAGUGGGUUGACAGGUCUCAUACCAAUGCCAAGAUUAUAUGGCGGACUCCUGAAGAAUGGGCUGAUAUUAUAGCGAAGUGGGCCCGAUCCACUGGUCACGGAAAUUCAGUUUGCACAUUUUACGAGUUGACUGACGGUGACGAUACAAAGCAAGAAGCUUUUCAUGGUUUAGAUGUAUCUGUCUUAACAAAUGCAUUAACUGUCCUUCAAAAACGAGGUCAAGCUGAAAUGAUGGAAGAUGAAGGUGUAAAGUUUUACUGUUAG